AUGGCCAAAUCACCUCCCCUGGCCGUCAAUGGCCAUGCGGGUGCUUCGGUCUCUCUAGCGGACCCCCCGCCUCCUCAAUCCGCAUCGCCCCCUCCGGACAUCUUCAAUGCCAGCUCCGUCGCCGAGAUCAAGGCCACGUUGUCGCACCUGCACGAGCAAGAAGCCUCCGUCACAGCCCGUCUGGACGCCCUAGUCGCCUCGCAGAAGGAUUUCUCCCGUGAAUUCGGUCGAUUGGAUCUCCUACGUGCCCAUCUCGGCUCCCAAACCACCACCACCCGCGCCAUCAGCCAUGGGAUGCUCUCCGAUGCCGCGGCCACCGCAGACCGUAUCUCCAGCGCCGUCCGUCGUCUGGACCUCGAACAAUCGCGUGUCAAGGCUACCUUGGAGAUGGUUGAGCAGGUCGCCGAGCUCAAGGCCUGCGUGCUGGGCGUCGCCGGGUCCAUGGGCGCCCCACAGGACUGGGAGACGGCGGCCAGCUACCUCAACCGGGCGUCCAAGAUCCCAUCGGAGGUCGUCCAUGGUGCCUUCGCGGCGGAGAUGGUGCCCACCGCCGAAGUCCCCGAUCCGCCCAACGUCACUUUGGACAAUGCCGCCGAGUCGCUGUGUGGUCUGUUCCUGCGCGAGUUCGACAAGGCCGUCAAGGAGAACAACGGCGCCAAGAUCACCCGGUUCUUCAAGCUAUUCCCGCUGAUCGGCCGCUCGGAGGUUGGUCUGGACGUGUAUGGCCGCUACGUGUGUCAAGGAAUUGCGUCGCGCGCGCGGUCCAACCUCAACGCCGGCACCGGAGCGCAGGGCAAGGAUGGCUUCUUCUACGCCAACGCCCUGACGAAGCUCUUCGAGCAUAUCGCGCAGAUCAUCGACGGCCAUGGCGGCCUGGUCGAGCGCCACUACGGCCCCCGCAAGAUGAACCGCGUCAUCGAGCGGUUGCAGCUCGAGGCCGACGUCCAGGGUGGCAUCAUCCUCGAUACCUGGAGCGACGAGAGACACGUUGACCGCCGACUGACCGACAUCAAGUCCUACGCCUUCACCUUUCUCGUGCAGAGCUUCCUCCCCCAACGGAGCGGCACGCCCCGGUCGAACUCACCAGCGGCGCGCGACGCCGCCGCGGCUGACGACGAGGGCGUCGAUAUGAAAGAAAUCGACGGGCUGCUCAACGAAAUGACCGUCAUGCUCGGCCGCUGGUCGCUCUACUGCCGGUUCCUCACCGAUACCUGCAAUGUACAUUCAUCCCCUCCUUCCCCAAGCAAGAACAGUACUGACACCCUGCAGCCCCCAGAUGAAUCCGCCAAGCGCACCGCGCCACAGUUCCUCCAAGAGUCAAGCCUGGCGAAGAAAAUCAGCGACCGCCUCGUGGCCCCCUUCAACACCAUGACGACCUUCUUCUUCCGCCGGUCUGUCGAGAAGGCGUUCCAGCUGGACGAGCAACCCUCCGGCCUGACCCUGCACCCGCAGCGGCCGCUCAAGGCGGACCCGCCGCACAUCACCUCCGCCGUCGACGACAUCAUGUACAUAGUCAACAAGGUACUGCAGCAAUCGCUGGCGACCUCGCAGAUCGCCGUCGUCACCAACGUCGUGCCGACGCUCUCGCGUGUGCUCGGCUCCGACUUCAUCGGCAUGACCCAGCGCAAGAUGCGCGACGAAUGCUACCCCCGCGCCGCGGUCCAGGGCGGCCACCCGCCCGAACACCUCGUGCUCUCCUUCCUCGUGCUCAUCAACAACCUCGACGUCGCCGUCGACUACGUCCGCCGCAUCGUGCAGAACCACACCGAGAAGAAGCCUCUCGCGGGCCCCGGCCCCGGCUCGGACGGCACCCCCCAACAGGACGAGACGGACCCCCUGCGCUCUCUCUUCCCGGCCGCCGACGACGCCGCCCUCGCCGCCCAAACCGUGCACAGCCUCGCCUCCUCCUUCGAGUCCAAGGUCUCCGACCUCCUCUCCGACGGCAUCCAGGUCGUCUUCAACAACGUCGUCAAGCACCGCCUGCGCCCCAUCCUCGCAGACGCCUUCCGCGACAUCGAGUACCACCCGGACGCUGACAACAACAACCCCAGCCACGCCUACGACUCGCCCGAUGACGACGACGCAGGGGGCAAGGAGCUCGUGCGCCCGCGCUUCGCGGCCAGCUGGACCGAGCUGCUCCUCCCGCUGUCGCGGAUCCUGACGGCGUCGGCCUUUGACCGUCUGCUGACGGUGACGCUGGCGUAUCUGGCGCGCCUGCUGGAGAAGCGGCUGUGGUCGUACGCCGGGCGCAUCAACGCGCUGGGCGCGGCGCGGCUGGAGCGCGACGUGUCGGGGCUCGUCAGUGCGGCGGUCGAUGUCGGCGGGGCGCAGGCCGGCGCGACCGCGCGCUAUCGGCACCGCGAGGCGUUUGCGCGCUGCACGCAGAUGACGCUUGUUAUGAGUAUGGACGAGGACGAGUGGGAGGAUGUGCUGCGCGGCGGGGAGACGGCGGAUGUGUUGGAUCGGUUGAGUCGCGAGGACCGCAUCCGGGUGCGUGGCAUGGUGCGGCGGUCUGCGAUGUAUUACGUCUUUAUCCGCAAGACAGGCACUUUAGUCUACACAUGA